UUGAAUAUGACAAGAUCUUUAACAAACCUAACGCCACGGAAGACUUGUUAUACACCCACGAAGGGAACCUGUCGCCGUAAAUUCGUGUUAUUUACGAAGGAAGUAGCUUUAGCCCGCUAACCAACUUACAAGAGCACUUUUAACUCUCGUUAUCCAAAGAUCAAAACUAAUAUACACAUCGGGAUCUACAACUGCGACGUGUUUUGUUUCCAGAGCUGACAUAAAAGAGAAAGGCACUGAAGUCAUGGAGGAAAUCAUCGGGGUCUGUGGUCUAGAAGCUAGAGGACUUGUUGAAGGGAGCAGUUCACCUCCGGAUGUUGAGACUGUGAGCUGUGAGGAGGAGAGAGGGGAGACGCCAGGAAGGGAGGACAGGACCCCUGACCCCCUCGAUGGGGAGUUGGACCCUAAUGCUGAGAAAACCAAGGACAAAAAAGCAUUUGGCAAAGAGGUUUUGUUGCUGAUGCAGGCGCUUCAUACUUUAGCCACCCCAGAAGAAAAACUCGCUGCACUUUGUAAGAAAUAUGCAGACCUGCUGGAGGAGAGUCGCAGCAUGCAAAAGCAGGUGAAAGUGUUGCAGAAGAAGCAGAACCAGGUGCUUAAAGAGAAGAUCCACCUGCAGAGCGAGCACAGCAAGGCCGUCCUGGCACGCAGCAAACUGGAGAGUCUAUGCAGGGAACUUCAGCGCCAUAACAAGACCUUAAAGGAGGAGAAUUCUCAGAGGUCCAGGGAUUAUGAAGAGCAGCGCAAGGAGGCGACGCUGCACUUCCAGAUGACACUCAAUGAGAUUGAGGCUCAGAUGGAGCAGCACAACGUGCACAACAGCAAGCUGCGGCAGGAGAACGUAGAGUUGGCUGAGAAACUCAAGAAGCUCAUCGAGCAGUACGAGCUCCGGGAGGAGCACAUUGACAAGGUGUUCAAACACAAGGAACUGCAACAGCAGCUGGUGGACGCUAAACUGCAGAGGACGGCUGAGCUGAUGCGAGAGGUGGACGAGAAACAGCAAAGAGAAAGAGAGUUUCUCCUGAAGGACGCGACCGAGUCCAGACAUAAAUGUGAGCUGAUGAAGGAGCAGGAGCAUCAGUUAAAGCAGCAGCUCACUCUGUACAUGGACAAGUUCGAGGAGUUUCAGACCACCCUCGCCAAGAGCAACGAGGUCUUCACCACUUUCAGACAGGAGAUGGAGAAAAUGACGAAGAAGAUCAAGAAGCUUGAGAAGGAGACCACGCUGUGGAGGACCAAAUGGGAGACCAACAACCAGACUCUGCUGCAGAUGGCAGAAGAGAAAACGGUGCGAGACAAGAAUUACACGGGCCUCCAAGGGAAACUGGAGCGUCUGGAGAAGCUUUGCAGGGCCCUCCAGAGAGAACGCAAUGACCUGAACCUAAAACUCCAGGCCCUUCAGGUCCCAGUGAAAGAUCCGGAGGAAGAAGGUACAGGGCCUCCUGACCCUCAGCCGCAGGGGCUAAACCCAGAGAUGGAGAGAGAUACAGAGGGUUUGGUUCCUCAAACAGAGAAACUCGGGCUUCAGCCGGAGGAAGAGGGCAUCAUAUCAUCCACACAACUCACUGACGACUGAUCCUGGCCUUCUGCUGGCAUUUCUUUUUCUUUCUUUUUGUGGAGGUAUAUAUUUUUGUCUAAAAAUGAUCAUUAAAAAAACUUGAGGAAAAGGCAGGACAUUAGUGAAGAUGCUAACUGCUCUAUACGCUUUGUGGAAAGCACUUUUUACUCCCUGUUUUCUAUCACAUUCUAUUUUGGUAGGAAAUGUUCAUGUGGUCCAAGACGGCCGCCAUGCAGCUUUGUUUCGUACAUUGUUCUUUUUCCUUCCCCCUAUUCUCUGCUCAGCUUUGCUGUGCUUGUACGCUUUUCGUUCCUCUUGAAUAAAAUGUAGAUCUUCGCUCUGACCUCUAGAAUCUGAAUAAAACAUUUUGGAUGCAUAUAA